CGAGCUCUCACUUAACCACCAAAGGAACCCGCCUGAUCCGUUGCUCAAGACCUUUGAAGACCGGCGCAAUGUCCAAACGCUCCAUCGAAUCUUUUCUCUCUCCCACGGCAAAGAAGGCGAAGAUCGUGCUCCCUCCUCGCUCCUCACCUGGUCCGCCCUCGACACAUGCGACGUACCCCUUCCCGAUCGCCUCCCUUCCUUUCGAGAUCACGUCUACCAUAUCGUCCGACUCGCCUAUUCUGCUAAACCACAAGCCAAAUCUCGACUGUGUGUAUCACCGUCCGUUCUUGCGCCGCGAAGGCGCAGACGCCCUGUUUGAGUUCUUGAGACGGGAGUUGCCGUGGUAUAAGGUGAUCUACCAACACUCCCUCCACAAAAUGCUCAUCACAACACCCCGCUACACCAGCGUCUUCGGAAUCGACUCUACCUCCCGCUUCACCCCCGACGGGCAAAUUAUGGACGCAAACACCAAACUCGUACUCCCACCCACAAGCAAACGGUACAAAUGCAAACCACGACCCAUACCGUCGUGUUUGUUGGAGUUGAAGGAGGAGGUUGAGAGAGUGACGGGGUAUGACUAUAACUUUAUCUUGGUGAAUUAUUACAAAGAUGGGACGGACUCGAUUUCGUACCAUUCGGACGACGAACAGUUCCUUGGGCCGAAUCCUGCGAUUGCAUCGUUGACGCUCGGUGCGACACGGACGUUUCUGUUGAAGCACAAGAAUGCGACGCACAACCUCCAGCCUAUAUCGUUUGAGCUAAGGGGAGGAGAGAUGAUACUCAUGAAAGGCGAGACGCAGCGGAACUGGCUACAUAGUAUUCCGAAACGAAAAAACGCCGGUGGAAGGAUCAAUAUUACGUUUAGGAAGGGCGUGGUACGGGGUGCGACGGAGAACUACAAUACGUAUAACGUAGGGGUUGGGCCGGUGUUGCGGUGGAGUGAGCGACACCAGGAAAUGCGGGAGUGGAUGAGUGAGGGAGAGUGGGAAGCGGCUGAAACCUGCACCAAACCAGAACCCGAAGAGCCAGGGCCAAGAAAAAACGAGACAACCCCAGAAGGGCCGCGGAACGGAGAAGUUGAGUCCUCGGCAUCAAUGUCAAGACCUCCUUCGGGUAUCAGGACCGCAUCGGUUGAUCCAGCUGUACCACCACAAACUCCAUCCCCAGACUCAAGAAUGGCACCGACAGAAAGCGCAAGAGCAUCAGCCAAAGCUCCGGUAUUGACGCGCGAAGAGACGACAUCGAAGGCAUGGACGUGUCCGAUGUGUACGCUGGAAAAUGCGUGUGGAACGUUACAGUGCGACGCGUGUGGAGGUGAGCGGCCCGGGGAUGUGUGAUCCUCUUGGACGAGUAUGUAGAACUUAGCGGAGGACAAUGAACGUUAAUUCUCAUUUUAAUAAGAAUAACAAGGACGUCUAUCUCCCC